AUGGUAAGUGCUGCUUACUUAACAAAAUAUUUCUCGCGAAUAACAAUCAUCGAAUCUGACGAUGUAUUAAAUGAUACAUUAAUGAAAGCUACACCUAAUGAAAUAUUAGAUUAUCGUUGUAGUCUUGAAAAUCCAGGAUCAAUAGGACGUUCAGGUAUUGCUCAAAUCUAUCAAGCACAUAUACUCGAAGGUGAAGGAUUUAAAAUCUUCAGUGAAUUAUUCCCUCGAUUAUAUGAUAAAUUAUUUAAUGAAUACAAUGUUCGUACUUAUUCAUUAAAAAACGAAUGCAGAUUCACUGUUAAUGGUACAUUAUUAAAUCAAAAUUUAACAGAAGAUAUGAAAUGGUUAGGUGUUGAUCGUUUUACCUUAGAAAUUGCUUUGAGAAAAGAAUUAUGUUUACAAUUUGGGAAUCAAAUUGAAUGGAAAUGUAAAUCGAGAGUAACACAACUGUUGGUUGAUCAAUCAUUAAAUAUGGUUAAAGGCGUUAAAUAUCGUUGUAAGGAAAAUACUGGUUCAUCAUCGUUUGAUAUGUAUGGUGAUUUUAUUAUUGAUUGUAGUGGUCGUAACUCAUCGUCAACUAAAUGGUUAAAAGAGAGUUUGAACUUAACUGUACCGACUGUACAAAUCCAUUUUGGUUGUGGCUAUGUUACAUAUGUUGGUGAAAGAUAUAGAACUGGAAAUCCAUCAUUAGAUUUAAUGCCUGUGGUUUUUUGCACAGCAAAUACUCCUGAUAGAAAUGUAGGUUGCUAUGCAGUACCAAUACGUACAAUAAAACCAACAGAUACGAAUUCAUUAGGAAUAUUAAGCACAAAUGCCGUUUAUUGUGUAAAUUCCGAAUUUUCACCAAAUGAUUCCUAUGAAAAUCUAUUAGAAUGGGCAAAAGAAAAUCUUGAUUUCGAAUAUUAUACGAUGUUAAAAGCAACCAAAGUAUGUGGCCCAUUGGUUUCAUAUCGUCGUGCAAUCGACGAUCGAAAAUAUGUCGAAUUACUAGGGAAAAAAUGGCCUCAAAAUUAUAUAUUAUUAGGUGAUUCAAUGUGUACAUUUAAUCCAGUAUUUGGACAAGGUAUGACACAUGCAUGCCGACAAGCAAGAGAAUUGACAAAAAUAUUUAGAGAAAAUUGUCAUAAAUUAAGAGAUAUUUCUCAUAUUUACAAUAGUCGUGCUUCAGUAAUCAGUGAAGAAUGUUGGCUUCUUUCAACUGCAACUGAUUGGAAAACACCUGCAUUAAAAGUAAUAGAAACUAAAAAAAACGGUCAAAUUAAAAUUUAUGAACGAGAUGGUGAUUUUGUUGCGACUAAAGAUGAUAAACCGCCAUUACCUUUCAUAGUUAAGUUUUUACAAUGGUAUUUGAGUUAUUUUUUGCAAUGUGCAA